AUGUCUCUUCACCGGGUGCUUCUCCAGUGUGCCUUGCUUUUUAGCGAGGUUCUACUCGCAGCUUCCGCUUCUCCGAGGACCUUGACGGCUAUCCACAAGCGAGCGCCUGCGACGCACAAUGGAUGGGCACGAGGGCCAAGGGCCGACCCGGACCUGGUCGUUCCUGUCCAAAUCGAUCUGGCCGAGAGGUCAAACAGUAAGGCCGCCGAUGCCCUCGCAUCAUUGUCCGACCCAUCAAGCGCAACCUUUGGCCAGUAUUGGUCGGCGUUAGAUGUCACUCGAGCCUUUGCUCUGCCUCGAGGAAAGAUCAAGGCCGUCCUCGACUGGGUUGAGGAAGCAGCCGACGUGCCCCGCGCUGAGAUACGUCUUUCUCCCUGCCUCUGCAGGAUCGAUUUCAACAUAACCGUCCGCGCCUUGGAAGCAUGGCUUGAGACUGAGUACUUCACCUACGCACACAAGGCCAGUGGAGAGACGAGCCUGGCAUGCUCGGAGUACCAUGUCCCAAAAGCCCUCCUAGACUCCAUCGACUUUAUCGUUCCCACCGUCUUCCCUCUCCAGGACCCGGUUGUCCCCGCGCUGUUGAACAUUGACGAGCAUGUUGGUCCGCCAAUCUCGCUCGCUAACUUUGGCCACCGCGGCCUGUCCAAGAGGCAGCGGCAGCUAGACUGCAACCAGUUCAACACACCCCAAUGCCUCCGGGAGUGGUAUGGGUUCCCCUCCCGCAAUGCUAGUUAUCCUAUCCACCCCAACAACACCUUUGGCAUUUACCAGCCCGCCGCAGUCGCUUGGCUCGCCAAAGACCUUGACCAGUACUUCGACAUGUUCGAGCCCCAACUCAGCGGGGCCCGGCCCGAGAUGCAACGCAUAGAUGGCGGCCACCACGACGGCGAGACAUUCAAGAGCAUCUACCAUCACAUCGAACCCAACCUUGACUUCCAAUACGCCAUGCCUCUCACCUUCCCACAACCUGUCAUGAACAUCCAAGUCGGCGACAAAUACGUCGCCGGCAACCUCAACAACAUGCUGGCCGCCUACGACGACUACUACUGCAACCAACUCGACCCAGAAAUCGACCCCCAAUGGCCCAACCCCCUCGCCCCCGACGACGGCUACCAAAGCCUCGACUGCGGCACGCACACCCCACCCAAAGUCAUCUCCGUCUCCUACGCCUGGGCCGAAGCCGGCUUCCCACAAGACUACCUCCGCCGCCAAUGCGACGAGUACCUCAAGCUCGGCCUGAUGGGCAUCACGGUGAUCGCCGGCACCGGCGACGAGGGGACAGCGGGACGCCACACCGCCUGCGACGACCCCGCCGCCACAACCGACGGGCAGCGCCAGCGCCGCCCCUUCCACGUCUCCUUCCCAGCCUCCUGCCCCUGGGUCACUGCCGUCGGGGGCACCCAUGAAGAACCUUCGCCUUCCAACUCGACCCAAAAGGGAAAACCGUUCUACGUCAAACCCAACGUGACGAGCUCGACGGGGCGGGGUUCAGCGCGGUCUUUUCCGCGCCGACGCUACCAGACGCGCGUGACGGGGCGCGUACCUGACUGCGGGAGCGGCGCCAGCUGCGGUGCCGCAACAUCACGGAACCUGUUUGACCCGCGGGGGCGGGGGGUGCCGGAUAUCGCCGGCGCUGGCGACGGACUACUUGAUCGCGUUUGA